ACAGCGACUGUUGGGGACUGAGUUGAAGACGAUCGAUAACUUCCGCGUUACUUUUUGAGCCCUGCGGAGGAACCCGGAGACGCCGCUUCCCGCAGUCUGCGCAGCAUACCGAGUCAGCUGAUCCACGUGGCCUUCACACCCCGUCUGAUUGGCUUCAAUCUCACUGAGGAUUCAACUGAUCAUGGAGAUCUCAUUUGUUGGAAAACGGGCUCUGGUCACCGGAGCGGGGAAAGGGAUCGGCAGGGCCACGGCUCUGGCUCUGGCACGCUGUGGGGCAAAGGUCACAGCGGUCACACGCACGCAAGCCGACCUCAGCAGUCUGGUGCAGGAGUGUCCGUCCAUCACGCCGGUGUGUGUAGACUUGGCCGACUGGGGGGCCACGGAGGCGGCUCUGCUGGACGUCGGUCCGAUCGACCUGCUGGUGAACAAUGCAGCCUAUGCCAGUCUGCAGCCGUUUUUGGAGGUCACGCCCGAACAGUUUGACCAGUCCUUCAGUGUGAAUGUGAAAGCUGUGCUACAUGUCUCCCAGAUAGUCGCCCGGGGCAUGAAGGCAACGGGGUCAGGAGGCUCCAUUGUCAACGUGUCUAGCCAGGCCUCCCAGUGUGCCCUCAGAGACCACACCGUCUACUGUGCCACUAAAGGAGCAAUGGACAUGAUGACUAAAGUAAUGGCUUUAGAGCUGGGACCCCACCAGAUCCGUGUGAACAGUGUGAACCCCACGGUGGUGAUGACUGACAUGGGUCGCCUGGGCUGGAGCGACCCCGACAAAGCCAAGGCCAUGCUGUCCCGCAUCCCCCUCGGCCGAUUCGCAGAGGUGGAGGACGUGGUGAACACCAUCUUAUUCCUGCUGAGUGAUAAGAGCAACAUGACGAGUGGAGUCACUCUGCUGGUGGACGGGGGAUUCCUGGCCUGCUGACCAACACAAGGAGAGGUCAAUUCAAUUAAAAAAGAAUUCAGCCUACCCA